AUGCUCACUGAAGCCACUGUUCAAGCGGACGUCGGUCCGGGCAACGAAACUGGUAUUUAUUACAUUACUAUUUGUAAUUUACCAUUUGGGACAACAUGGCAGAACUUGAAAGAUUGGACACGGAAGGUUUGCGUGGUAGAUCAUAUAGAAGUGUUCCAGAGCAGCACUUCUGGAUGGGUCAGAGUCAAAGGUUUCGAAAACUUUGAGAGGGCUUGGGGUCUUCUUAACGGCGGCGUUUUCAACGGACGCUCAAUCAUUGCAUCUGACAGAAACCGCAAUCAUUCCAUCAAAAUCAGGGAAUUAGCCAUGCCACGACAAGUAACUCAAAUACAGAUACAGCAAUAUCAACCUGUGCAUCCAACUCAUCCUGCAUUUGCAGCACCAAUGGCUACGGCGGCCCCGUACCCUAUGCCACUCGAGCAGUACUACAUGGCUGGUUACUCACCAGCCAACGGUCCCAGAUUCGCCAGUCACGCUAUUCCACAAUGCUAUACUCAUCAACCGCCGAUAGUAGUAACAACCGCCGCGCCUGUAAGGCCAGCUACAUAUCAGGCUGUAGGCCCAGGCAGUUACUAUGCCUAUGACAUGGGGACAUCGUCCAACACUGUUGCCUAUGUCUCCCAACAUCAACAUGAAGGGAUGCAAACUGUUCAACCUUAUCCUUGUCUCGACGAACACUCGGAUUUCUAUUCUGAGGGCGGUUUCUCUACUCGAGAGCCAUCCUUUAAGCCUGAAUACAUUGCGACAGAGCCAAGCAAACUACAUGUGUCGCCAUUCCCGCAACAAGCGAGUGCUGAUGAAGUCAGGGCAUGGAUCCGACGCAAAGUGGACAAGACCAAGAUCUCCUCUCUGGAGAUUCCAAAGAAUAGCAACAGCAGGUACCUCAGGGGUCACGUUUUAGUCGUUUUUAACAGCGCCCCGGCCGCGAAUAUGGCAAAACAACUACUCAAUAAAGCACGCUUCCAAGGUCGAAGGGUGAUAGCGCGACCGACCCGAGAAGGCGCUGUGAUCGAACAACCAGGCCUCUCAUACGAAACGACCGCUAGGAGCGAUCCGAUACUGAGUAACACGAAUAGCUUGACAGCACCUUGCGAGAGGGGUGAAGAUAGCCGAAAGGAUAACAAGCCCCUAAGACUAAAGAACAAGGAGGUCAGGUCGGCAGGUCAUGAGAAAAAGAGGACAACGGAAAAGAAGUCGCCAUCGAAAACCCUAUCUUCUAAUAGGGAGCUUGGCAGGAAAGAUGAAAGACCAGUCAUUGUCGACGGAACGUGCCAUCGCCUCGACAAGAAGUGA